GAACGAACCGAUCGAAUUCUUCACUGCCGGCGAAUCUCGCUUGUGUUCUAGUCACCUCCAAGCAGGAUGACACAAGCACUACGUACUUUGGCCGUCGGCGCGGUCCUCAUCGGGGCCGCUUCGGCGUUGAUUAGGGUGCCACUGUACAGAGUCGAAAACGUUCACGAGCACUACAGACAGCUUGGCAGGCCAUUCAACAUCCGUCCGGCUCUGUAUUCGAGUAACGCCAAAGGACCAAUCCUGGAGCCGCUCAAGAAUUACCGCAACGUGCAGUAUUACGGGAACAUCACGCUGGGCACACCUCCUCAAGUUUUCUCAGUCAUCUUCGACACCGGCUCUUCAAAUUUCUGGGUGCCCUCCAGCAAGUGUCUAGCGAGCACGCCCGCAUGUCGUGUGCACCGCAAGUACUACAGCAACCGAUCGAGUACGUACGUCGAGAACGGCGCCUACUUCACAAUCGAGUACGGAAGCGGUACAGUCAGUGGCGAGCUGAGCAUCGACACUCUCGGCAUCGGUGAGGCGCGCGUCAAGCGCCAGAUGUUCGGCGAAGUCACCGAGGAAAUCAGCCGUGAGCAGGCCUUCUUUAAUGGGAAGUUUGACGGCAUCUUGGGUCUGGGAUACCCUCAGGAUGCCGUUCAGCAUGUCACGCCCGUUUUCGACAACAUGGUAGCACAGGGCGUAGCCGUGAAGCCCGUGUUUGCUUUCUACCUGAAUCGCAACCUUCGUGACGCCAGCGGAGGUGAAUUGCUUUUCGGGGGCGUCGACAAGGCACACUACAAGGGAGACGUCACCUACCUGCCGGUGACUAAGAAAGGCUACUGGCAGUUCAAGAUGGAUGGAAUAAAGAUAUCCGGUAAAACCACCGUCUGCAAGGGAGGCUGCCAGGCCAUCGCUGACAGCGGAACAUCUUUAAUCAUCGGGCCACCAGAUGACAUACAUAAGCUCAACAAGCGCAUAAGAGCCAAGGAAGUCUCGCGUGGAACGUAUGUCGUGAACUGCAGAUAUUUAUCUAGAUUGCCGAAGAUUAGUUUCAGUCUCAACAAGCGAGACUUUGUGCUGAAUCCCGAAGACUACGUGCUCAAAGUGACGAAGGAAGGGCAAACCACCUGCCUUAGUGGCUUCUCCACCAUGGACAAACUUACGUCACUGUGGAUUCUAGGAGACCGGUUCAUCGGUCGUUACUACACCAUAUUUGACAGAGGCAACGAUCGCGUUGGCUUCGCCGAUGCUCGCUAGGCGAAGCCGUUGCAAUGAGCGCAAAAUGCACCCACCUCCGACAAGAAUUUCUGCACGCUAAGUUGUCACAUUGACACAUAUGGUAUCUACGCGCCUGUGUAGGCUAAGUUUUCAACUCCCCCUUCCUUCGGAGAACUUCUUCUAUAGGGCAUGUCGGUGGGGUUUACCUUCGGGAACUCUAAGG